AUGCUCUUCCGACUCAUUCUUCUGUUGCUCCUUUCCGACAUAAUAGCGUCGCGGUCCAUCGUCAAGACUCUCCCGGGCUAUCCCAGUGAUCUCCCGUUUGAACUCGAAACUGGUUACGUUGGUGUAGGAGAAAAGAAUGAUGUGCAGUUAUUCUACUACUUUGUCGAAUCUGAAGGGAGUCCAAAAGAUGAUCCUCUCAUACUUUGGCUCGCCGGCGGUCCUGGUUGUUCUGCUCUUCGUGCCUUCUUCUAUGAAAUCGGGCCAUUUACAUUUAACUAUGAAGAGUCCAUUGGAAAGACACCAACAUUGGAGUUGAACCCUUAUUCCUGGACAAAGGUUGCCAGCAUCAUUUACAUUGAUCAGCCGGUUGGAACUGGAUUCUCUUAUGCAAAUACUUCAGAAUCUUACAUCAGUAGCGAUACAAUAUCAGCAACACAGACAUAUGAAUUUCUUAGAAAGUGGCUUGUGGAUCACCCCGAGUAUCUAAACAAUCCACUAUACAUUUGUGGUGUUUCCUACAUUGGCAUGGUUAUUCCAAUCAUUGUUCAGGAGAUAUACAACGGUAAUGAGGCUGGAAAUGAGCCACAAAUGAAUAUUAAGGGAUACAUGCUUGGCAAUCCUCUUACAGAUAAAAAUAGAGACAUUAAUUCAAGAAUCAAAUAUGCCCAUCGCGUGGCACUUCUCUCUGAUAAUCUCUACAAGUCAACCAAGGCAAAUUGCAAGGGCGAAUACAUAGAUGUGGAUCCAAGCAAUGGAUUAUGUUCAAGCAAUCUACAAUUAGUAGACAAGUGCCUCGACAAAAUAAAUUUGCCACAAAUUUUGGAACCGUUGUGUUCUACAAUGAACGUAAAAUCUAACUUGCUGAGAUGGGAUAGAAACUCUGCUGAAGAAAAUUCCAUGGAUCUUCUCGGGCCACUACAACAAGUUCCAGGACCAUGGUGUCGGGGCUACAACUACAUUUUUGCCACCAAGUGGGCUAAUGAUAGAGAUGUCCAAAAAGCUCUUAACAUCCGCGAGGGGAUAAAAACAGAGUGGCUUCAAUGCAAUACGAGUAUAGAAUACUCAUUUGGUGUAAGUGCAACCGUCGCUUACACAUUCAACGUCCCUAGUACUGUUGGCUAUCAUCGAAAUCUCACGCACAAAAAUUGUCGAGCUUUAAUUUUCAGUGGUGAUCUUGACAUGAGGGUUCCACACCUGAGCACUGAGAAAUGGAUAGAUUCUCUAAACUUGAAUAUUGAAAGUGGUUGGGAACCGUGGUUUGUUGAUGGCCAAAUAGCAGGAUAUACAAUCGCUUAUGCCCGCAAUGACUACUCAUUGACAUAUGCAACAAUGAAGGGAGCGGGCCACACGGUUCCAGAGUACAAACCGAGGGAAUCUCUAGCCAUGGUUGAUCGGUGGUUUGCUUAUUAUCCUCUGUGA